CCAUAUUACUAAGUUGUGGUAAAAAUUUUUAGUGUAUAAUAAACAUUUUUUGGUUGACAAAAUUUUUAUGUACCCACAAAUUAAUUUAACGUUUAAAUGGCCAAUAGCAAGGAGGUCAAGAAAAAUCAAGAAUUCAUGCCGAAAUGGGUGAAUUUCCUAAUAGGAGGUGUAAGCGGUUUUCUACUGCACAGCAUGUUGGCCAUAUGCGUGGUACAGCCAGCUGAUUUACUGAAGACUCGGAUGCAACUCCUCGGGCCGACUGGUCAGCAUAUGUCAGCCUUUGCUGUGGCUAAACAAAUACUAAAGAAGGAAGGCAUGUUGGGAUUCUACACCGGAAUAUCGGCCGCACUACUUCGUCAGGCUACUUAUACGACUGCUCGACUCGGUUUUUUUAAGGUUAUGUUCGAUAUACACGCAAUUAACCGCGGUGACCCAACGUUUCCAAUAAAAAUACUGAUGGGCAUGCUUGCGGGAGGGGCUGGCGCAUUGAUUGGCAACCCAUGCGAUGUCGCACUCGUCCGGAUGACAGCGGACGGAAGACUACCACCGGAGAAAAGGAGGAACUAUAAAAAUGUGUUCGAUGCUUUAGGCAGAAUAGUACGGGAAGAAGGUCUAUUUACGCUGUACAGAGGCGCAGGUGCUACAGUAAGCAGAGCUAUGGUAUUUAACGGUGCUCAAUUAGGCUCUUACUCGCAGGCACGAGAGAUGCUCCUCCCACAUAUGGGUGAAGGUUUACCUCUACACGCGUUAUCUGCUAUGAUUGCAGGGUUCAACACUACGGUCGCUUCUUUGCCAGUCGAUAUAGUUAAAACCAGAGUACAGAAUUCGUCGGGUGCAACGAGCCAGGUCCGGGUGCUAUUCGAUAUUAUAAAGAAAGAGGGAUUUUUUGCUCUCUGGAGUGGGAUGAUGCCCACCUACAUCAGGAUUGGACCCAUGACUAUUCUCAUCUUUCUAUUCUUGGAACAAUUUAACGCGUUAUACUUCAAAUUGGCCGCGCGGAACUCGUGAAUUUUGAAGAAUGUCCUCUAAAUUUAGUAUGCGGCUUCAACUGCUCGAACCCUCAGGGGCCAGUCCUCUGUACCGACGCCUGCGGAGCGGUGUUACUGGAAGUCUGGGUACCUGAGGGAUGAUAAGGCACCUGUACUACUAUGGAUCAGUGUGUUGAUAAGUUUAUUUUACGUCUCGCUGGUUAUUUUAUAAUACAGGAAUCAGACGAUUACGACGACGGCAAAGAUGAGGUCAGCCUAACGAGUUCCUCUUCUGCGGGAUAUGUGUGCCAAUCAGAGACUGGCUACUUGCAAGUAGCCAGUCUCUGAUUUGCUCAGCUCAGCUCGCGUUCGCAAUGGGUGCUUGCUUCAGCAUAUCGGGAUACGAGCGGGAUACCGUUAACUGGGCAGAUGGGUUAGAAUUUUAUGUUAUAGUACCAAAUUAGAAAUUGUCUGUCAGUUUGUUCUAGUAAAGUAUGAUCUCAGUCGUGGUUAUGGAUAUCGUUAUAAUAAAUUAUUACGACCCAGUCAGUACCCCAACAGUUUAGGAACCGUUGAAGGCAAAUCCUCUGCUAAUCGCGUCAGUUAGCGACGACGUUUAAGGUGAUAAAGUCCAAGGUGUAUAUUUCAACCAAGA